AUUCCAAAACAAAAGAUAUCGAAAUAUAUUAGUGCGCGAGUUCCGGGCAAUGUAUUUAAGUGUGACUAUGACAGACAACGUGUGCAUAUUUUGCUUAGACGAACAGCGAUUGCCCCAUCGCAUACCCUGCGGACACUCGUUCUGCUCGGAAUGCUUUGAGCGCUACUUGCAGGUGGGACUCGACACUCGCUGCCCCCUGUGCCGGCAGGACUUUCGACCCCAUGCCCAGGGAGAGCCUCUCGAUCGUGCUGCCAACACUGAGCGGUACCCUUUGGACGAGGAUGACCUGACAAUGGGACUGAUUGAAGACUUUGGGUCCCUUUCCGGCAGUGACACUCUGCAGACCGACACUCUGUUGCUGACGCUCACGGAGCAGGAGUGUCGGUUCUUCGACGAGCUAUACAGGGAGGCGCAAAUGGAGGACGGACGGCGACUUUCGAGAUCUCUGUAGAAGAUCUCUGAUAGCAACUCUGUUACCGAACUUCACGGCGCAGAAAUGGAGCCUUUCAGGGACCCCUUCAGGGCCUGGUACGGAAUCUGUCCUCUACAGGGAGAUGCAGCUAGAGGAAGGGCAAGGAAGUCGUGCCCCUGGUAGAACUGAGAUUUCUGUUUUUUUUUUUCUAUCCCUAUUAUUCUUAAUUU